CUUUUCUCUUCAAGAGGCGGGUUUUUCACUGUCGCAUCUGCACAACCGAUUCCAUCAAUCGUUCCGCAACUUCAGGACCUCUCCCAACAACAUGGCGGCUUUUGAGAAUUUCGAUAGCAUCUUCCUGGAUCUGUCCAAGGAGUCCGGGAAGUGCAGAUUCGCUGAGAAUGGUUUGGGCUGGAAACCCUCGGGAGGCGGCAACACAUUUACCCUCGAUCGCGGAGACAUCGUCAGUGCACAAUGGAGUCGUGCUGCGAAGGGCUACGAAGUCAAGAUUUUGAAGAGAUCUUCCGAGCUAGUUCAUCUCGACGGGUUCCAGCAGGAGGAUCUAGAGCGUCUUAGCAAAAUAUUCAAGAACUGGUACAGCAUAAAUCUAGACCCCAAGGAACAUGCGCUACGAGGUUGGAAUUGGGGAAAGACGGAAUUCAGCAAGGCCGAGCUUGUAUUCAACGUCCAGAAUAAGCCCGCGUUCGAAGUGCCCUACUCCGAAAUAUCCAACACGAACCUUGCUGGUCGCAACGAAGUCUCUGUCGAAUUCGCCGCUUCUAAUGAAGAUGAUACGGGCACGAAUGGACACUUGGGCGGAGCACGAGGUCGCGGUAAAAAGUCCGGUGCAGGCAAGGAUCAGCUCGUGGAGAUGCGCUUCUAUAUUCCCGGCACCACCACUCGCAAGGAAACGGAAGGUGAAGAAGCAGGAAGCGGCGCCGAAGAAGAGAAGAACGCUGCCACAUUAUUCUAUGAGACGCUUAUGGACAAGGCUGAGAUUGGCGAGACCGCGGGCGAUGCGAUUGCUACUUUCUUGGAGGUUCUUCACCUUACACCUCGUGGACGAUUUGAUAUCGACAUGUAUGAAGCGUCAUUUCGUCUCCGUGGUAAGACGUACGACUACAAGAUUCAGUACGAACAUAUCAAGAAGUUUAUGGUACUACCGAAGCCGGACGAUUUACACUUUAUGCUGUGUAUCGGUUUAGAUCCCCCUCUCCGCCAGGGACAGACAAGGUAUCCAUUCAUCGUCAUGCAAGCUAAGAAGGACGAGGAAGUUACCAUCGAUCUGAACCUCACAGAGGAGCAGCUGAAUGAGCAGUACAAGGAUCGACUACAACCACACUACGAACAACCGCUCCACCAAGUCAUCACUUACAUCUUCAAGGGCCUCGCCAAUAAGAAGAUCACCUCUCCAGCCAAGGAUUUUAUGACGCACAGAAAUCAGUUCGGCAUCAAGUGCUCCAUCAAAGCAGCGGAAGGUUUUCUUUACUGUCUCGAGAAGGCCUUCAUGUUUGUGCCUAAACCUGCGACCUACGUGUCCUACGAUCAGACGUCCUCCAUCGUGUUCUCCCGCGUCAGCGGUGCAGUGUCCGCCUUGUCGACUUUCGACAUUGCAGUCCACAUGAAGAGUGGAGGGGCGCCGCACUCCUUCAGCAACAUUAAUCGCGAAGAUCUGAAGGCACUUGAAGGCUUCUUCAAACUGAAGGGUCUGCGUGUUAAGAACGAGAUCGAUGAAGAUGCUAAUUUACUUGCGGCUGCUCUGCGCGAGGAGGUCAUGGAUGAGUCCGAGGAGGAAGUGGUCGGUGCUAGAGCCGAUCGCGGAUCAGCCGAUGAAGACGAAGAGAGCGUAGACGAGGACUUCCAGGCUGAGAGUGAAAGUGACGUGGCCGAGGAGUACGAUUCGGCUCACGAAUCAUCGGGUUCCGGCAGCGCGGAGAGCGACGUUGAUGGCGAUGCGGGUCAAGACGAAGAUGAGAUGAUGCUAGACGAGGAAGAAGAAGAGGAAAAGCCUAAGGCGAAGAAACAGAAGACCUCAAAAUAGGAAACUCUGGCCUCUUUCCUGUGCCUAAUCAUCCCUGGCAUAAACCUAAGUUUUAUCAUUGAAUGGUUCAAGGACAAGGUCCGGUGGCAAUGGCGUUAAGGUAGCUAACUAGCUUUAUUGGCUUUGUUGGACCCCGGGAGUAGUUGCAAUUGCGUUUGUGCAUCUAAGGGAAUCUGAAAUAAGCAUCUGAUCGGUUUGGUCAGUUUAUACUGCAUUUCUCAAUGAAGAACCGCGCCGAGGUAGUACUUCACGACCAAAGUAGCUGAUCGAUAAUAAUACCCUCAAUUUAUGAUCUGCUACCCAAUGAACCAAUGGCACUACACAUCUGGGUACUUACUUAUACAGAGAUGCGUAUAUAUGUAUGUACUGUGCAUCAAAUGUAAGCAGUGGAUGACAUGGAGAUGCUGCUUCAUACGUCAUCACGGCUAUUGAAGACUUUAACAACAAACAAGGCUUUAAAUCAUGUCCGGCAUCACUAGGGAUCUCCGACAUCAGCCUUCGUACAGUUCCUCCAAUGCCAAGCAGGGAUGUGUUUAAGACAUCCGUAACCUUUUUUUUCUUGUUUGAUUCGGCUGACGCCGCAUUGGAGUUGUAUGCAGUAACCCCACCCGUUAGUCGAUCACGAAUCGCAGCCCUAGACCAAUUUACCGUCAGAUAACUAUUUCAAUGUUUCGAUUCAUCUACGAAUGCUUCUA